UAGGCAACCGUUAGCCAGCAGCUACAAACGAAGCGGAGGAAGAAGAUAAACAACAAAUCAAACCCGCGAAAAGUAAGUGUUUAUGAAGCCAAACACAUUCAUUUUAAGGUUCCAACGAACAAGUUGCAAUAGCAGCUAGUUCUUGGAGCGAAAAAGACUUUCACUUAAGUUCACCAAUGUGAAAAGAAGAACACGAUGUCAGCACGGGAAGAAGAAGCAAAUAUCGGCAAAGUACUCAGUUUUCUUCGAGAAUGGGACCGUGGCGACAGGACAGUCCGCAGCCGCAUGUUGAACACCUUCCUGACUCAAAACACUGGGAAGACGUUUUAUGAGCUGGAGCUGGAGUUUGCACAGGUUGCCAGUCUCUUCCUGGCUCGACUCACCACCUGGAUGAGACUCACAUACAUGUUUGGGACGUUCUUGGGACUGCAGCUUAAAGCAGUUGGGAUUUUCCUUUCUGCGUCAAGCCAUGAUCAGUACUUAAUGGAGUUCCUGGAGGAUGGAGGUGUUCUCACUCUCCUGGAGAUCUUGAGCCACUCUCAGAGCAAAGAGGAGGACAAGGCCGAGGCCCUUCGUCUUCUGCUCACAGUCUCAAAUGCUGGUCGCAAGUACAAAGAGAUUAUCUGUGAAAGCCAUGGUGUGGAAGCCAUCGCAGAGUGCCUGGCUAAGUCAAACACAGAUGAAACCCAAGAGACAGCAUGGGCCCUCCUGGAGUCCCUGUCCCGUGGAAACCCCAGAUAUCAAAACCAAAUCUACAAAGGUCUGAUUGCCCUCGUGACUUGUUCCUCCCCGAAGGCCCAGCAGCUGGUCCUGCACACCUUACACACUGUGCAGUCCAAAAUGAAAACAGCCCAUCCCAGCAUUGUAGAGCCUCUGCUGAAUAUACUCAGGUCCCUGCACCUGGAGGUUCAGGAUGAAGCUAUAAAUUUGAUCUUGGACCUGAAGUGUUAUGAUGUGAGGCCAAUGCUGCUCAGUGGACUGGUGGCUCUGCUGAGACCUGCUAAAGAAGAAAUACAGCAGAAUAUGGAAGAAUCUGAGUCUGAGAUAAUCAAGAUGACUGGAUCUCUGCCUGUGUUUGUGCAACAGGCUGCUGCAGCUAAAACUAUACGCUUGCUGGCCGAGGACAGUCGAGAGGUUUCUCGGGAGCUUCUCUCUCUUGGAGUGGUCCAACAUCUUCUGUGCGCUAUGGGAAACAGAGAGCACACUGAUGCCCAAAUACAAGCCAGUCUGGCCUUAGAGCACUUUGUCCGCUCAUACCCAGUUAUUAAGGGACAUGUGCAGAGAGUCACUGGCAGUACACUGUUUGCAGCCUUAAUGCACAAAGCUGACACUCUGUACAUGAACAUGGAUGAAGCACAAGCAGAAACCCUUUUAACUAACAGGGUGAAUAUAACUGAAGUUUUGUUUGGCGAUAAACUCUGAAGAUGGACAAUAGGAACAAAUCAUUUAAAGAUACAGAUGAAGAAAAUGUAUGUUUGUUUUUUUAUAAAUACUGUUUGUA